CUGCCCCAAUGUCACCUGUUCUCUCGCUCCAAUGACCCCCUGCCCCCACCCCCCGCCCUUCAGUCUCCCCACCUCUCUCCACCCCCAGCCCCCAGACCGCUUCCUGCUGCGCCUGCGGGGGGUGGGGGUGGGGACCUCUCCGCUCAGCCACCCGUGGGCCCCGGAGGCAGGGACCCGAUCUGGUCCCCGUGUCGCCAUGGAGAGAACCAGGCCCUGCCUGGAGAAGCCCCGCGCGUCAUGGAGGGGGUGCUCCUAGCCCUGUGGGCUCUGCUGGUGGGCUGGGACGCCGACCGGCUCUGGCGCGGCCCCAGGGCCGCCCCACAGGGCCUCGAGGGCAGCACCACACAGCCAGGCAUGAACCUGACCUGCUACCGGUGCUUCAAAGUCGCCAGCGAGGCGCUGUGCGCACCCACUGCGUGCUCCCCCGAGGACCGCGUCUGCGUCUCUCACACGCUGACCUUCUCUCUGCAAUCGGGGGUGAAGGUUUCUCUCAGCAAGCGCUGCGCCCCGCGGUGUCCCAACGCCAACACGGCGUUCGAGUGGCUCUCAGACACCCGGGUGCUCGGCCGGAUCGACCGGCAGUGCUGCGGCCACAGCCUCUGCAACAGGGCGGCCCCGGCCCCCGGGCGGCCCUGCGCCCUGCGGGGGGCGCUGCUGCUCCCGCUGGGCCUCGCCCUCCCCGGGGCCCUGCUGUGAGCACCCUCCCUCGCCCUGCAGGCACCCCCGUCCACCCACCCUGGCCCGGGCCCCGCCUCCCUCUCAGCCACACUGGGUGCUGGGU